AUGCCUCACGAAGAGGACGAGACAAAACGAUACAACUUCCGUAGUGAAGGGGAUGAGGAGUGGGACGGGCUCAACCGAAAUUACUGGAGAGUUUAUUCUAUUUUCGCCGACUGGGACGAGACAGAGGAAUGUCGCGUCAGAGGUGCGACUACACACACGCACUCUUAUCUCUCACUCUCUCUCUCUCGCCAACAUGUUUCUAUAUGUCGGCCUCGAUUCUACGAAUGCGUCGUCAUUCACGCAGCCUUUCCAUCUACCAUCUCUCCUCCCCCCCUUCCUGUCCGUCGCGUUUCAUUCUUCUCACCUCCCUUUCGUUCAUAUCCCUUUCGUCUCUCCGCUUUCCCCUAUCUCUAUUCCUAG